AAAGUGUUGAUAUGUAUGGAGAUUGAAGAGUUUAUUUUUCAAAACAAAAUCAUAGGAAAGUAUUUCUUUUUCUUAUUAAGUGUCUUGGGAUUACAUUAUUUUCAUUUGAAUGACUUUUAUUUACAGUAUGUGCCUGUCCGAGGUGAGUCAGUGAUUGGUAUUGUAACAAACAAAGGUGGUGAUGUGUUUCGUGUUGAUAUAGGUGGAAGUGAAAUGGGAUCCUUGUCGUAUCUAUCAUUUGAAGGGGCAACAAAAAGAAAUAGACCAGAUGUUAAAGUUGGAGACAUUGUGUAUUGUAAGAUGCUAAUGGCAAUGAAAGAUAUGGAGCCCGAGUUGGUGUGUAUAGAUAGUACAGGUCGUAGUGCAGGGAUGGGAGUCAUUGGUCGUGAUGGAGGGUUCUUACACUGUUGCUCCCUUAAUCUCAUCAGAAAAAUUUUAUCAUCUGAUUGUCCCCUUUUAAAACUUCUUGGAAAGACCCUGCCUUUCGAGAUCACAGUGGGUAUGAAUGGAAGGAUCUGGGUACGAGCACGAACAAGUACACAAACAAUAACUGUAAUCAAUGCAAUAUCUACAGCGGAAUACAUGGACAACACACAAAUUUCUGCAAUGUGCAAAAAACUUUCAGAAGCAUUUAUUGAGGUUGACUGAUGUUGAUUAAAAUGUGGAAAUUUUGUUGAAUUCUUAAGGAGCUGUUUAAAGAUUUAGAAAAGUACCAGUUACUGAAGCAUUAUUCAUCAUAACAAAUGGUGCAUUAAGGAUGUACUUUGUCAUUAUUUUAAGUAUUUGUUUUUCCAGUUUUGAUGAAAAAUGAAUUUCUACAUGGUAAAAAUUUACUUGUUAUAUAGACAUCUCAAGUAACUCCUAGAUAUAAUUUAAACCUACAUCCAGUCUUCCAUCUUACAUGUGACAAACUCAAUUAUUCGAAAAUGGAAAAAGUAGUAUGCACAAAGAACUUUACUAUUUUCUUCUGUGUCAGGAAUGAAACUGAACAUCAUUUUGAAUUUCUGUU